GGAGAACCAAGCACUUCAGCCCCGACUCCACAACUCCGCACAUUCACCCCGACUACGGAGCUCCCAAGCGCGUUUUAGACCUCAGCAUAAACUCAAACUAGCAUCAGCCAAAACACCAUACCGACUCUGACGAUCGUCCUAAAGCAAAGUAAACAAAAUGGCCGGCUCCUCUCUCUGGCUGCUGCCUCCCGAAUCCCACCCCCUCCACGCCCUCCUCAAAACCCUCAUCACCGCCACCCUCCCCGCCCGCUUCCCCCGCGAGGCCGCCUCCGCCCCGCGCGUCGUCCCCCACUUCUUCCCCGCCCACCUCACCCUCACCAGCGGCAUCGACCCGGCCACGACGUACGGCGACGAUCCGCAGGGCUGGCUGGAUCGGAUUGACUUUUCCGCCGCUUCUUCUUCUUCUGGGGGUGAUUCUGGGGUUUCUGGGGAGGAGGGGGGUUCUGCUGCGGGGGGUGUGAAGGUUAGGUUCGAGAGGGUGGAGGGGCAGGAUGUGUUUUAUAGGCGGUGCUUUAUCCGGGUCGCGUUUGAGGGGGUGAGGGCGCUGGCGGGGAUUGCGAGGGCGGUGGGGGUCGCGGGCGAGGCGGUUGAGGUGGAUGCGGAGGGGGCGGUCAAGUUUGGGGCGGAGACGGAGAAGUGGCUGAGCUCUUGGAGAGAGGAGUUUGGACCGCACGUUAGCCUGGUCUACGGGAACGAGGCCAUCAUGGAUGGCGCCCUGAGAGAGAUCACAAUACUAGUGAUGCAGGCCGGAGUCAAGCUGUCAGAGGAAUCGCUGGCCGGCGGAGAAGAGAAGGCCAGUUGGGAUGGAUGGGAUGGCGGCGUGGUGUGGCUGGUACCAACAGACAAGCCCGUCUCGGAGUGGGGAAAGCCCAUCGCGACGAGGGUCCUCUAGGGGUAUUGGUUUGACAUUCAGAUCAGGUGCUCUGAUGGUCUACAACUGAGUUUAUUCAGUAGCCGCCUCUAUUAAAUUUACUCCUCAACUCUCACAUUAAG